AUGCAGCUAUAUCUAAUCCGCCAUGCGGAAACAGUGGAUAAUGUUGGAAAACUCCUGGCGGGCACCACUGACUCGGCACUGACCAACCAUGGGAUGGCUCAGAUUAGUUGCCUUGCUCAGCAUUUCGUCUCCAAUUCAACUAAAUUUAUGACGGUGUUCUCUUCAGACUUAAGUCGAGCAAGAAUCACAGCCGAGGGGAUCUGCCGUGGACAGGUUUCACCUUCCGGUGAAACACCCUUGCAACCGAUAUUGACCCGGAAUCUAAGAGAGAAAGAUUACGGAUCGAUGGAAGGCCGCUUCUGGAAAACCUCUCCUCCAUCUCCGAUGCCGCGAGACUGGGUCAUCCCUGAGUCAAGAGCGUCGAUGAGAAAGAGAGUUGAAACCUUUUUCGAUGAACACCUGCUCCCACUACUGAUGCGUGACCCACACGGCCGACAAAACAUCGCAGUCGUUGCCCACGGUGUUAUCCUCCAAGAGCUAUGGACAUAUUUUAUUGAGAUCUUCAAUCCAGCGGACACUAAUGUUGCUCCCCGAAUUUGUGACACCGACAUGAGUACACUUCAUAGGAAGCCUGUCUGGUCGAACACCGGCUAUAUGACGGUUCUGAUUACCCCGAACCCGAUAGAAAGGAACAUGCUGCCUACUAUCAUGCCUGACUUCGCAUUUCUUGUUCUGAAUAUUGACGACAAGAGACAUCUUGCCAAUCUCCAUCGCACUAGGGGUGGCGUUGGAACUGCCGCGCAUGACACGAAACAAAGAAAGAUUGAUCAAUUUUUCCGAUAA